AUGGGACGACUUUCAAGAGCCUUCUCCAGGGUCAAGGAGACCGACAAGGAGAAAGAGGCAAACGUAACCACUACUGUCGACUCUGUCGAAAAGAGUCCAUCACCGCCCCCUCCGACUUAUGAGGAAGCUGGACGUCAACAACACAAUGUUCAGGUCUCUACACCGUCUGUCAGCAGCUUGCCGCAUUUAGAUCCGGAUCUGCCAAGUCCUGAAGAUUGUGUAGCACACCUCAAGCUGCUGGAGUGUUUCUACCGCCUAAAGCAAAAGAUUGCAAGUACUGAAGGCCUCUUUGGCAUAUCUUGUGACGCUGUCGGAAACUUUGAUCAGAGCACACCACAAAAGGACACUCACAAGGACCCAAAGAACGAGACGUUGACUCUCCUUGCAGAGAAGAGAUGGCAAGUUUACGUCUCUCGGGCAGUCGAGCGCUUCGCAAGGUGGAGGUAUAGUCUGGAGCCCAACCCUGAUUACUACAUACUCAAUCAAGCUAUCUCUUCGAAAGGACAGAUACUGGCCGACCGUGUGAAUCCUGGAACGGCCAAGCCAUGGUUUUUCGACGCUGGAAACCUACCACCCAUAGACGUCUUGAUGGUCUGGCAUUCAUACAUGUUGAAUCCGAGAGCAUACCUGGAAGAUUGUGCGCGUGAAGGUCGGAUGCGUCUAUGGCAUACAUCAUUUCCAUCAGAGACAGUGGCCGACCAUAUUGAUGCUUCGGACUGUCACUACCAAGUGGCAAAGCAAACAAUCACUAGCUUCAGAGAGCAGACUGGACUCGACUGGGACAACCUGGAUGGUCCAGGCCACACAAACAUAGAAUGCCACUUCUGCGGUACACAAAAUACUGCACCCUGGACUACAUAUGGAGAAGCGUCUGCAGCGUUUGGUACACGUCCACAGGAGUCAUUGUCGGACGGUGCUGCCGUCCUUGGAAAUGUUCAAGCUCUACUCAGUACUUGUUAUGGGUUUGCUGACAAGGAGUUCACCUUGACUUGUCAGCAAUGCAACUCCCAAAUCACGCACGACUCUCUCUGCGUAGGAAAGCUCCGCAAGGACUUGAUCAAUCUCAUCGAGAGAGAUGUCAUGUUGCCCGGAGGUAUCUUAGGCAGGGACGGGUUACCAGGGAGAGUUGGCAAGGUCCUUGAUCGCAAUGGCUGGUCGUACUUUGCAUUCCCGAGCAAGUUAAUGAAGAUUGGCCGCGCCAAACGGAUCCUCGAUCUCGGCGCCUCGGACAUGCAAAUGGCCAGCGUCCGCGAAGUCAUCGAAGACUACCUCUCCGUCAAAGAACUAGUCAAGCAAGCCAAGCACUACAAAACCGGUUCCAAAAUCUUCCCAGAGGAAGCUUUGGCUCUUCGCCGCAUGAUGUCGAGGUAUUGGGAGAAUCCAUCCGUGUUCGCCAUCGAUCUUGUUGGUGCAGUGAUACGUCAAGGCGACUUCGUGGAGAAGAUGCAUAAUAUCGACUGGCUGCACUCGCCCGCGCUGUCGAGUACCAUGCCUCGCCUGAUACGCAAGUACUCGCGCUUCAUCGCGAUCAUCUCCCGCUACAGCAAGAUGGCCGUGCCGACACUAGACGUAGACCUCGCCUGGCACACGCACCAGCUCACCNCCUCCAAAUACCUCCAAUACACCGUGACCCAAAGCAGAACCUUCAUCGACCACGACGACAAGGUCGCAGAAGCAAAACUCACAGAUGCCUUUGCCGACACCAGCAAGAUUUACCAGAAACUCUAUGGCGAGCCCUACUCCGAAUGCACUUGCUGGUACUGCGAAGCAGUGCGCGAAUCACACACCUCAACUGCAUCACGCAUAUUCCGCAGUAACGUGGCCACCGCAGCAGAAAACCUGCACGCUGUGCCCUCGGACCCCAGAAAGUCCGUUCACAUCUCCACGCACAAUGCCGUGCGGCCCACCGGCGACAAGGCCUACGACGACGGCGUCGCAAAACGGCUCGCAGAGCUCGAAAAAGCAUACGACAAGGCCUGUCAGCGUGCCGACAAGAAGGGCAACCCACGCCCCAAAAGGGAUGACUAUUACUACUCUGACGCAUAUGGUUAUCCAGUGUAUAUACCUGCGUAUGCGCCGUACUAUGGCGCCAUGCCGUAUACACCAGUAGUCUACCCCGUCAAUCCUGGCUGUAUGGCUGUGGGGGCAGGUGCUGUUGGAAACUGUUGUGCCGGCACUUGUGGUGCGGGUGCUGCAGCGGGAUCGUGUGGUGCUUCGAUGGCUGGGGCUUGUGGAGGAACAGGAGGAAGUGCCGGCUGCGGUGGAGGAGGCGGCGGCGGAGGCGGUUGUGGAGGAGGUGGAGGUGGAUGCUAG